AUGACCCAAGAUCACAAGCCUCCAACGCACUGCUUUCCAAGUGGUACCUACUUUAUUUACAACCAGUACUAUCCGAUUUUGCAAAAGUUACUUAGAGCUCAGCAAAUCACAUAUUAUACUAUUAUAUUCCCGAAGCCUCAAUUACCUUACAUCAACUUAUACACCUCGACUAAGCUUACCAACAAUGUUUCACACUUCCGGCCACGUAUCGUGGAGACGUCAGGGAUCCAAAAUUCUGUUUGUGCUGACAUACUAUUGCACCAGACCAGGUUAGAAUUGGGUGUUGAGCAUAAACAUCAUCCAAGCAAUGUAAUGAACCGGGAGCUGCCUCGCCUCCUCAAUAAUGUACAAGAACUUCAAGAAUACAUCGGAAACAACCAUAAACUCGGCGAAAGAGCUUUGUACUCCAACGCCAAUUACUUAAUCAAAAUCGAAGAACAAAAACGUGGCAUUCCUCAUGUACAUUUUGUAAUACUGGGAUACAGCUACAGUUGUGAACCCUACCUUGCUUGA